AUGUCCUCCGCCCGCUACGCACCCUCCGCAUCAGUACCGCAGCAACACGCCUACCGCCCCCCGGCGCCCGCUAACAAUGCACCGCCAGGCACCUUCACGCCGGGGACAAAAGUCCAAGUCGGCAACCACCGCGUGACGAUCGAGAGAUACCUGUCCGAGGGCGGGUUUGCGCACGUCUAUGUAGUGCGCAUACCCAAGGGCAAUGAAGGCCUCCCGGACGUCGGCGUGCUGAAGCGGGUUGCGGUUCCGGACAAGGACGCACUGGCGAACAUGAGGACAGAAGUGGAGACAAUGAAGAAGCUGAAGGGCCACCGGCACAUUGUCACGUACAUCGACUCGCAUGCGUCGCAGCUCAAGGGCGGGGGCUACGAGGUCUUCUUGCUGAUGGAACACUGCACCGGCGGCGGUCUGAUUGACUUCAUGAACACGCGGUUGCAACACCGACUCACCGAACCUGAGAUUCUGCACAUCUUCUCCGAUGUCGCAGAGGGCGUAGCGACGAUGCACUAUCUAAGACCCCCGCUACUCCACCGCGAUCUCAAGGUCGAAAACGUCUUAAUCACGACUGUUGGUACCAACAGGAUAUACAAGCUUUGCGAUUUUGGUUCGACGGCUCCACCACGGCCGGCUGCGCAGACGGCGGCAGAAGGGAGACUGAUUGAGGACGACGUACAGCGGCACACGACGCUGCAGUACCGCAGCCCCGAAAUGAUCGACGUCUACCGCAAGCAACCCAUUGACGAGAAGAGCGACAUCUGGGCGCUGGGUGUGCUGUUGUAUAAGCUGUGUUACUACACCACACCGUUCGAAGAAGUUGGACAGAUGGCCAUCUUGAACGCGAGCUUCAAGUUUCCGGCAUACCCCCAAUUCUCGGACCGGAUAAAGAAGCUUAUCUGUAGGUCGAGGGCGACUGGCAUCCAUGUUGCAAGAAAGCCCUCAACGUCGACCGAACAUCUACCAGGUGGUGGUCGAGGUGUGCUCCAUGAGGCAUAG